CCCAGCAAUAUGGCGUGGCCGGCUAUCCAUAGAAACCAUGACCUUGCGCUACCCCCCGACGGCGAUUCGGGAAGCCCACACGGCAGACCGCUAUAAAAGGAGUCUGAAUCGCCGACAGGAGCACAGUCUCACCGCCGGACUCGACCCAACGACUCCGACGAACAUGGCUUUCUUGCGCGUCGCUACGUGCGCCGCCGCUCUGGUGGUCCUCGCCUCGGCUGACCACGGAGGCGGCGGAGGAUUCAAGGGAUCAUCCUUCGGCGGAGGAUUCAAGGGAUCCUUCGGCGGAGGCCAUGGCGGCGGCGGCUUCAUCUCCAGCGGCGGACACGGAGGUGGCGGCGGCGGAUACGGAGGCGGCGGACGGCGCAUCGGCGGAAUUACCAUCGGACACCGCAGCAGCGGCGGAUACGGCGGUGGAUCCAGCGGCGGGCACCGCAGCUUCUCCAGCGGCGGAUACGGCGGCGGAUCCAGCGGCGGACACGGUGGAUUCUCCGGUGGCGGACAUGGAGGAUUCUCCAGCGGCGGAUACGGCGGUAGAUCCAGCGGUGGGCACCGCAGCUUCUCCAGCGGCGGAUACGGCGGUGGAUCCAGCGGCGGACAUGGAGGAUUCUCCAGCGGUGGAUACAGCAGUGGAUCCAGCAGCGGACACCGCAGCAGCGGUGGGUACGGUGGUGGAUCCAGCGGUGGACACGGUGGAUUCUCCAGCGGCGGAUACGGCGGCGGAUCCAAUGGCGGACACCGCAGCUUCUCCAGCGGCGGUUACGGCGGCGGGUCCAGUGGUGGCGGACACCGCAGCUUCUCCAGCGGCGGAUACGGCGGCGGAUCCAGCGGCGGACACCGCAGCUUCUCCAGCGGUGGAUACGGCGGCGGCUCUCGUAGUGGAUACCACGGCUAAGAUGUCACCAGAGCGAUCGUAAUUAAUUAAUGUGGACUUGAUUUGUGACGGAAACGUCUUUAUUUAAAGACGUUUAAUUGAGACAGUUUGCAGCGUUUCGAUGGGUGCGAAUAAACAGAUAAAAAAGUGUAAAAAAGAGUGUUUAAGUGAAGUGGGUAUUAGAUAAGCAAUGAACCAGAAAAGUAGUGCCACUGAUCACUUGUUGAGGGAAAAGUGAGCCUAUGCUGGGUCACUUAUUGAUCCCACCACGAUAGAAGAAAAGCAGCGCCAAGUACAUAACGCUUAUGCAUGUUUUUCCAA